CAGAUCGAUUUAUCUGUGAGCAGCUUGUCAUCCCUGAAGUACACCUUCUCAGCCGCAGUUAGCUGAACUCGUUACAGUGAGAACCUUCCAUUUACAGCUGAAAACACAAUUCUGCGGCCAUGGCAGACCCAAGACUAAGGCAAAUCAAAAUUAAAACAGGCGUCGUUAAAAGGCUGGCCAAGGAGGAGUUUCUCUACAUGGAUGAAGCAAAGAAGCAGGAAGAGAAGGUUGAGCGCCUGAAAGCAGAGGCAGGAGAUGAAUAUGUGAUUAAGAAACAGAUGGAGGUGUUGCAGGAGUCCAGAAUGAUGAUCCCAGACUGUCAUCGCCGUCUGGCCAUGGCACACGCCGACCUCCUCCAGUUACUAGAGGAAAUGGAAAAGGAUCUGGGUGAAUCGGAGGAGUACAAAGAAGCUAGGAACACGUUGGACUCUGUGAAGCUUGAAGGAUGAUUUCUGGUCUCGCUGGGAGAGAUCCUCGUGUUUAAAGUCCAUUCCUUCAGUCGAGCCUCCUUUGGAACCACAGAGGCGAAGCCCAAAGUCUCUGCUCUGAAAUCCUUAUAUCUACUGUUUACUAACGUGCCACCAUGUUUGCUCACUCUUCCCUCUUCUGUCUGUAAAAUCCCAUCAGAACGGACGGAUCGGUCUUAUUGCAGCGGAGGACCGGAGGGCUUUAUUUCCCCUAGAGCCACACGGUUCAGCACACGGAGAUUAAAUCUCGAGCAAAACGUUUAAAAAAAAACUCACCUCUGUUUGAUUUUGAUGACUUAAUUAUAGUUCGGAAAUAUUUCUGCUUUUCUUCCUCUUCUACAGCUUUUGUCAGCUUCACCGUUUUUUCUUGCAAUGUUUUACGACAAGAUUUAUAAUUGUUUUCACUGUUCAUUGAAUAUGUUUGUGAAUAAAAAUGGCAGAAGUUUGUGAGAAAUAAUAAAUGCAAUGUUUUAAGCCAACAUCUUAAAUUAAAAAGCUGAAGGGAACAAAUUCUA